AUGACAGAGAAUCGAAGGAGAGAAGAUAGCAAUGUCUUCGAUCAGGUUGUUCGGAUUUUGGCAACAAAGGCAGCUGGUCUUGGUUUCUCCAAACAAUAUAUGGUGAGUGAGAAUCGAUUAAUUAAGGCUCAAGGAAUUGUCUGGCGAGGGUUCAAUGUCCUCUGGCGACUUCGUAAUUUAUGGAUUCACAUAAAUAGAAUCCUUGAAGCUGCUCAACACACAGCUCCUCUUUCUUCACUCUCAAAAACCCAGAAACCCAAACAAAGCCUUCUUCCCUCUAUCACUGCUACACUGACCAAAGCUCAAAACCCAGCUACACAAGUUCCGGUUCUUUGUCUCAAGUUGGAGAAUAGGGAAGGUGUUUCUGUCUAGCUUUACUUUGUUUGUUCAACUGGAAGGAUAUUAAUGGCGCAUACCAUUGCCCAACAGAACAGUGCGGUUGAUUUUCGAUGUCUACAUGCAUGUGCAAAAGAAGUUAGCCCCUCUU